CGGCGGUUGGGAAUGGGAGUGAAAGUGCUCCUCCUAGUGGUGCAUAUCAAAAGGAAAAAUCCCCCCUCCCCAAAACGAAGUUUCUGAUGCUGGAUUUGCGUACACAAAUCAGAUCUGUCUUGCUGGGGAGGACUUCAGGCCUAUACUAAGCCUCAGUAGAGAGGUUUCGGGCUAGGCACUGAGCAUGGCAAGCGUCUAGUUUGUAGGGCCCAUAGCAUCACAGAUCGCCUGCAGAAUGCGGCGGAGCCUGUGGAGAUGCGUUUUUGCAUGACAGAGACGAUUUGUGGUCACAAAUCAGCAUUGCGAAUUUUCCGAGGCGUACCUUUUCGAUAUGGGGAGGGAGGAUUUUUCCUUGCGAUAGUGCACCUCUCGACCACGUUCUAGCGCCGGUCGUGGACGAGGUUGACCAAGUACAUCACACGAAAAUCAGCAAAGAAGGAGACGCUCCUGUUGAUCAUCAGGUAGAAGUAGUAGAGCAGAGUCGACGUGGUCCUCCGGUAGAAAUAUUAAAUCCCCCUACCGGCGGCCUUGGGCUUGGCAGUAUCUUUGGAACGGCAAGUAGAACCGCGGAGAAUUGUGCGCAGAGUAGUUGCCAACACAACGGGCAGGACGUGAAAAUAGUACCUUCGGAAGAAGAAGAAGUACAAGUUGUAGCACAACAAGAUGAAAAAUCCUCAUCCAUCCGGCAAGAUGGACCAGCACGGUC